AUGAAGACAGUCGAGGUCGAUCGCGUCCGGACGGCUCAUCAGAACGCCGACGACGGACUGCGAGGGUACAAGCAAGAGCUAUUCAGCCGUGACAUCGCUAAUCCGGUGGACAUGGGCCAUCUACUGCGUUCUCUGGAGUCAGAGAUGGAGCGCGUGAUGCCGUCAGAGGAGCUGGAGAUCCUCAGAGAGGCUUAUCGACUGUACAACCAAAGCAUCCUCUACUCCAAUGCAUCUAGUGGAUUUGAGGCCAUUCCGUUGACAGGUCCGCAUAAUUCAUCACGACACACAGAAGACACACAGUAACGAAACAUGAGUAUUUGUCCGUAUGUCGUUUCAUCAGGAGUGCAUGUCGAUCUGCCUCGGAAGCCAGGGCAUCAUCGGUGGCUCACAGCGAUGGGUUCGCCCGCGCUGCCUGCAAGUUGUGAGCUGCAGGUCAAUAACGCCACGAUAUGGGGAGCGACGAUCCAACAAGAUGAGUACUGGCAGGAGUUCGGCACGCCGAGGGACUUGAUGGUUUUCCUCGAACCCAUCUACGACAUCAAGCGCACUGUGUGUCGUGCGGGGCAGAGUCAAGAAGACAGCGAUGUGCCCUUUCGAUUUAUCAACUCUACUCUUUACCUGAUGACCAACGCCACUGUGAAGGAAGACUCGACCACCGCAGAGGCGUUGACGUCUUCAGAAGACAAGCCCUCGCUACUCUACAAAAUCGAAGUUAGAAACACAUCUGACGGAGUUGCUUCCUACACGGUGGGGCGAAGAGCAAGAGAGCGAAUCAUAAUGACUGCAUGAGUGCAUCCUUCAUUGCGUUCAGGCCCUGAAGGCCAUGGUGACUAAACCCGAAUCCGACAGUACCACGUCCCGCCGGGCCUUUGUGGUGACUACAGAAGAGCCACCAGAUAAGGAAGAACGGCGAGAAGCGGGCAUCCGAUCGAUCACGUGACGGCCGACUGGCAGGGCGAGGGCUGGAUCCUCUAUCAACGCAUCUGGGGAGGUAUCGAUGGCAAUUUGACACGGUCCAAAUGCAACGUCCCCUCGUGGAUCAGAGAAUGCCCUGAGGGUUUCAGCAAUGCCGACAGGAGCAACCGGACAUUCAACCGCCAGUGUGUAUGGCUGAGUGCGCUGGUGCCUCCUCGCAGGAAUGGAGCUACCCGGCGAGUCCUGCCUUAGGGUUUAGGGUUUAG